UGCGCCAAAAACAACAACAGCACAGUCAGCAACAACCGGGCUUCUUUCCUUUCUUGCUUGUUGAUGUUGUGUGUUUGGCGGUGGUGAUGAGGGCGCAUUGGAGACAGCAGCUUGCAGAGCAGCAGGAAGGCCGCAAGGCGGCGCGCUCACGGAUCGUGAAGGUGGGCUUGGCAGGCGUGUGCGUGGUAGCUGUGCUAGUAUUUGUGCUGAACGGGCUCAAGGGCGACGACAUUGCUGGGGGCGAGCGCGUAGCCGUGCGCCAGUAUCAGCAGCAGCAAGGGGAACGGAGCGAAGCCGACGCGAGCGGACUUGGCGCACAAGAAGAGCAAGGACGAGCUCCGCCGCUCACCAGGCACCACAAAGACAUGGGUGACGAGGAAGCACGGCGGCAGCAGCAACAGGAGCGGCAAAGCCAGCCGUACCACGAGACAUUCCUGGAGCCGCGGGCGUUUGCCUUUGCUCGAGAUGAGAACGAGCUCAUCGUUAAGACGUUGACGGAGGAAGUUGACAGCGUGUUUGUCGCCACGUACGAGCCAGAAGGACCCAACAAAGGCGACGCCCUGCUGGCCACGAUCGGGGCGGGGAAGCCAGUCAUCGUGUCGCCGUCCAUGUCAGGCUCAUUCUCGAUUCCGCUGCUGAUGUCGGGGCAAGAUGUCAUGAGCGGGUUUGUGCCGGUGGCUCCGGUUGGCGUCGAGAAGUACGAACCAAGCGACUAUGCAAAGGUGCAAACGCCCGCGCUGAUCAUCUAUGGGGAGAAGGACAGUGGCGGAAGCACACGCUCGCGUAUCCUCGCCAACAUGCCAAACUCGAACACCUUCAUGAUCCCCAACGGGUCGCACCCGUGUUACUUGGACGACCCCGGCCGCUUUGAACGAGCGCUGCUCAACUUCUUGUUGCGCGUGUUUACUGUUUCCCAAGAAGAGCAGUGAAGAGACCAUCACUCGGAGAGGUCGCAGAUGGAGCCACACAGCAACAGCAACCACAACAAUCGUUACCACACAUCAUUAAACGUAAGCUCAGCGCAGAGGCUUCAGCUCAAGCAACUGUGGCAGUAAUGUAAACC